AUGGAAGCAGUCGAAGUCGUUGGACCGACACAAGAACUGAUCGAUAGUAUUUGCAUCGAAAGCGGAGAUUAUCAACUUUGCAAAGAAAUCAUUCACAAACAUUUAGACACAAAAACAACUAAUCUCUUAGAUCUCAUGCAUCUCAUAUUCCGCAUCGCUACUGAACACGCAAGUGAUACAUAUGUUUUCAUCAGUAACAUCUUGCGUGGACAUCCUGAUACUGAGGAGACUACUGGUCUCAAAAACUUGCCUAACGGCUUACACUGGCGAAAUCAGAACUUUCUUGAAAAUUCCUCUGAACAAGAAGAAGCUUUUGAUAGAGAAGAACAGAGUGAUGAAAAUCUUGAUCACCAUGUCUGCGGUUUCGGGGUAUAUGGUGAAAAAUGGAAAUGCUUAUUUGCUUAA